AUGGUAGAGAAAAGUUCAGAAAAUGAAGGUAGGAAGGGGAGAGUUGGAGCACUGAAAAAUCAAUUGGUGGGAACUUACAAAGAAGAGGAGCAAUAUUGGAGUCAGAAAGCUAGACUAAGCUGGCUUCAGGAAGGAGACAAAAAUACCAUAUACUUCCAUGCAGUGGUGAAGGGGAGGAGGAAAAGAAAUAAGAUAGGAAACUUGCAGAGAGAGGAUGGUUCGUGGACUACAACUGAUGAAAGAUUGCAGAUGAGGGUAGAGUGGGGUUAUCUGAGAGCUAUGACGGAAAAAAUGGGAUUCAGUAAGCUGUGGGUGGAGUGGACUAUGGAGUGUAUUACCUCAUUGUCUUAUUCCUUCAAUAUAAAUGGAGAGAACAAGGAGCAUGUGAUACCAUCUAGAGACAUUAGGCAAGGUGACCCACUGUCACCUUACCUGUUCCUAUUGUGCUCUGAAGGUCUCUCAAAUAUGCUAAGGGAAGCAGCAAGGCAGGGAUUACUAAGUGGACUAAAGAUUAGCAAACAAGGGCCAGCUAUCACACAUCUUCUCUUUGCUGAUGACACCCUGGUAUUUUGUAAAGCUGCGGGAGAAGAAACAAGGAAGCUAAGAUAUAUUCUGGAUCAGUAUGAAAGAGGGUCUGGCCAGGUAAUCAAUCUGGAGAAAUCCUCUAUAUGCUUCAGCAAAAACACUAAGGAAAACGACAAGGUGGAAACCUAUGAACCACUAGCAAGUGUAAGGGCAGUGAAUCAAGGGAAAUACUUGGGACUUCAAAUGGUGGUUACAAGGACAAAAAGUCGGGUCUUUGGAUUUAUAAAGGACAGCAUCAAGACUAGACUAAACAGUUGGAAGAACAAGUUUUUGAGUGCAGCAGGCAUGGAGGUGAUGCUGAAAGCUGUUACAAUGGCUAUGCCAACUUAUGCUAUGUCAUGCUUCAGGUUACUAGUUAGUUUGUUCAAAGAAAUCACAAGGUUGAUGGCUAAGUACUGUUGCGGUGAAUUAGAAGGGAGAAGCAAGGUACAUUGGUGCUCUUGGGACAAAAUGAUAAAGACAAAACUGGAUGGAGGCUUCAGGUUCAGGAACUUGCAAUGCUUCAACAAAGCAUUAUUGGGAAAGCAGAUCUGGAGGAUGAUACGAUUCCCAAACCUUUUGCAAGACAAGUAUUUAAGGGGGGGCAUAUUGAAGAGAGUUGGCUUAGGGAAAAGCAUAAAAAUAUGGAAGGAUGAAUGGAUACCAAACAAUCCAAAUGGAAAGCCAACAACAAGGGUGCCAGACAGUGGGGAGGAGCAAAAAGUGGAAGAGUUGAUCUCAAACUUUAGGUGGAAUAGAAGUGUAAUUUUCAGAAGAUUCAAUAGAGAGGAUGCUGAGAACAUUUUGAAGAUACCUAUUAGCCUUUCAAGGACUGGAGACAAGCAUUUUUGGAUACACAGUAAGCACGGGGAGUACUCAGUUAAGCCUUGCUAUCAAAUUCUGUUGAAGGAAGAGAGGAAGAAGGAAGAAGGAGCAAAAGGGGAAUCAGGUUCUAGUUAUGAUGACUCCAACAAGCAAAUUUGGAAAACUCUUUGGGGGCUGAAUAUCAAGCAUAAGAUUAAGCUAUUCAUAUGGAGGUGUAUCACUAAUACAUUAACAGCAAGGGAAACAAUAUUCAGGAGAACGAAACAAGGAUCACCAUUCUGUUCAAGAUGUGGAGAUAAGAUAGAAACAGUGGAACACAUUAUGUUACACUGUCCACAGGCUCAGAAGGUAUGGAAGCUUGCAUCAGUACAAUGGGAUGGGAUCCAGAACCAAACAGAUAGGAAUGAGCUGGAAUUUGAAGGAAAAGAGAGGGAUGGAAUAAGAGUAGUGCAAAAGGGCAGUACUGAGUGGAUGGAGUUUGAGGAAGCUGGUACAGGGAAGGAAGCUAGAAGUACAUCUGAAACAGAUGCAGCAAAUGCAAGUCAAGGGGAGGAAGGAAUGGAGGGAAGAGACCUGAUGGAACUUCAGAUUGCAACACAGAAAUCAGUAGAGGACACAAGAUGGGAAUUGGCAUCAUGGCCAAGCAGAAUGGACGAAGAAUCAAAGCUGAAUGGGCGUUAG